AUGACAACCCAACAGCUGGACACUACGGGACUCAGCACACACUGCAUAGGAUCAUCAACCGAUACUAUUGGCCAGGAAUGGCCAGGGAAGUUGCCGAACACCGCAUCUCGAUGGAUAGAACUCUUCCCAUUGCAACAGGCAACAUCUGAGACGUGUGCAGACACCCUAAUCAAGGAAGUAUUCUUGAGGUUUGGACUGCCGAGACGACUGAUCAGCGACAACGGAACGCAGUUCAUCAACGGGGUAAUGCAGCAGGUAGCCCAUUGCCUCGGAAUCCAACAGGCUUUCACACCAGUGUAUUAUCCCGAGGCCAAUCCAAUGCAAAGGAAGAACCGAGAUCUCAAGGCACAACUUGGGAUUUACGUCGGAAACAACCAUACGACCUGGGACGAUCAACUUCCUACCAUCCGUUUAGUCAUGAAUUCGGCAAAAUGCGAGACCACUGGGCAUUCAGCGGCGUACCAGACUUUUGAAAGAGAACUGCGAACCGUUGACGACACCAAUCGAGACCUCAAGCAGAUCGUAGAAGCCGAAAAUUUCCUUCCGGAAAUUACUCCUAAACUUCUUGAUUUAGCUAACACUUUGCGUGUCGCUCAGCAGGUGCAGGAGGAUCAGCAGGAUCGGCGUAAGCGAUACGCUGACCAACGACGACGCGAGGGACCAGAGUACCAGCCUGAUGACCUCGUCUGGGUAGCCACCCACACAUUGAGCAAGCGGCAACAGCGAUAUUCGUCAAAGCUGGUGCCGAGACAGGAUGGUCCAUACGUCGUCAGGAGGCGAGUUGGUGCAUGCAGCUACGAGUUGCAGACCAGGGAAGCUGAGCCAGUGAUAGUUGAGGUCUAUCACACCUCAGCCCUUAAACAAUACACUGGAAUACGAGAUGGAGUACCUGCACCAGUCGUGCCGAUCCGGAAACGUGGACGACCACGGAAAAGGAGGAGAGCAGAUGAACCUGGACCGAGCACUGCCAAUGAUGACUUCGCAGCCUAA